AUGGCUCUUAGCGGUAUUGAACUCCCUGUGAUGCAAUGGGACGGCGAAAAUCUCAAGGAAAAUUGGCGACGUUUUAAACAACAUGUCGAAUUAAUGUUCUCUGGACCGCUGAGAUCAAAAAACGAAGCGGAGAAAUGCAGCUACCUACUCAUCUGGGUAGGGAAAAAGGCAGGGAUAUAUACAACACAUGGUCGGAUAUCUCAGAAACAAACAGAGGUAAAUUAA